CUUGUUUGUGUGACUCCCUCGCCUCUCAUCACACAACACAAAGCAUACCACUCUCUCUCCCCGUCCAAACAAGUUUUAUGGCGGAGCGCUGAAGCACUUUGAGGUCGCUGGCAUGUAGGCCUAGUACUGACAAUAAUACCCGUUUUACUAUAUCUCUCGAUGGCUUGAUUAUUUUGUAGCCUAUCGUCGGUAAAGGCACGGCCAGGGCUCAAGCCUUCGAGAUGCACAGUGGCUGCUGCUGCCACCAACCACUGCACUACAACACGGACACCGCCACCGGUCCGGUUCUAUCAUGGUUUUCAAAUGGAGAGCGAGGAGGAUGCGGCUGCGGCUGGGGCUGGGGUGCUAUCGGGUGGGGCCCCUGUGGCUCUGGAAGGCCCUGCUGGUGUUCGUGGCCAUCGCCUUCGCAGGACAGCUCCUGGGAGUCAUCUACAACAAAAGCCUCCAGCAGGACAGGUUGCGGUCGCUGUUCUCGUCCGAUAGCCAGGGCCUGUCUCUGGGCUCCUGUCGGUCCCACAGCCACGUCAUGUUCCUGAAGACCCACAAGACAGCCAGCAGCACCGUCCUUAACAUUCUCUACCGAUACGGAGAGGAGAAGGACCUACGCUUCGCCCUGCCUCUGGGGUAUCAGUUUGGCUACCCCCUCCCCUUCAACGCCCACAGGGUCAAAGGUUACAGAGGGCCCCGUGUGGCAGAGUUCAGCAUCAUGGGAAACCACAUGCGCUUCAACAAACCAGAGGUAGGGAAGGUGAUGCCAGACGACACCUUCUAUUUCUCCAUCCUUCGUGACCCCGUAGCGCUCGCCGAGUCGUCCUACGCCUACUACAAAGUCGUUGCCCCUGCCUUCAAGAAAGCCAAAGGCCUGGGAGACUUCGCCGACAACCCCCUGAAGUACUAUGACCCCCGUCUCCGUAACAACCACUACGCCCGCAACCUGCUGUCGUUCGACUUCGGCCUGGACCACAACGCCAACUUCUCCACCACGCUGGCGCAACGAGGUGAAGUGGCCAUCCGACAUGCCUUCAAACUCAUACUGGUCUCGGAGUACUUCGACGAAUCCAUGAUCCUGCUCCGCCACGCCCUCUGCUGGCCUCUGGAUGCUGUCGUCUCCUUCAGCCUGAACGCCCGGCAGCAAAAGCCCAGCAAAGGCAGCUCCUGGGUGGAUAAAGCGGCUGCUGCUCAGCCCCCCGCCAUGGCUCUCACAGACAACCAACGCCAGAAGCUCCGGGAGUGGAACGCCCUGGACUGGCACCUCUAUCAGGCAUUCAACCGCUCCUUCUGGGAUGAAGUGGAUCGCUUUGGGAGAGCCAGGAUGGACCAAGAGGUUGUUCUACUCCAGACCCGCCGGAAGUUGCUGGCUAAGGCUUGCCUGAGGGACGGCGGGAGGCCGGUGGAGGCAAGCCGCAUCCGGAACAAGGCCAUCAGGCCCUUCCAGAGCGGCUUGGUGAAGAUCCUGGGAUAUGAGCUCCAGCCUGGGCUGGACAACGCUACCCGUCAAGCCUGUCUGAGGAUGAUCAGGCCGGAGAUCCAGUAUAAAGACCUGCUGGAUGCCAGGCAGUUCCGCAGGGCAGCUCCCCCAGCCUGCCCAGGCUUGGGGAGCUUAUGUGAGGAAAGACCCCUCCUCCCAACUCAGGACAGGAGAGCUGGGAGUGGGGGGAGGAGGGAGGACGGGGGAGGAGGAGAGGGACUGGGACGGGAGUCUGUUAUCUCGUAAUAAUAAUAAUAACAACAACAACCAAACAUUGGUGCGAGAUAGUGGUGAAAAGGGAGCAUAAGAUCGUUUUCCAGAAUUCAUUCUAGGUAGGGAGUGGAAAAGACUAAACCCCGACUGAGCCUGUGUAUUCUUACUCAAGCACUUGUUGAGUAUUUCUGUUACUCAAGUACUACUGAGUAUUACUCAAGUACUCCAAGAGACUCACAGGGAUAAAACCCAUUCUCCAUCCAACCAUGCUGCGCCUCCACUUUACUGUACAUUCCCAUUUUUCUGGCGUGUCUUAUCUCCUUUAUGAACGGUUAUGACUGGUUAUGACUCCUUUAUGAACAGUUAUGACUGGUUAUGACUCCUUUAUGAACAGUUAUGACUGGUUAACUCCUUUAUGACUGGUUAUGACUCCUUUAUGACUAGUUAUGACUGGUUAUGACUCCCUUAUGACUGGUUAUGACUCCCUUAUGUUCAUAUUGACUUUGUCAGGGUGCACAUUAUGGGGGAGGCAGGGGGAGCUAAGCUUCCCUGAAUGAGACAUGAGCUCCUGUAAAGGCACAAAAGUCAAACUUUGGGAGGGGGUCUCUACAUAUUGAUAAUUUGACCUAAACACGCACAGCAAGACGCAUCAAUCUCACCGCUUCUAUGGCUCAGUAUGUGUAGGCCAUAUAUCUGAUGCUGUCGGGACCAAACAUGUAUGACUGAGGGGCGGCGUUUCGCUCACUCUGCUCCUUUCUCUGGUGAGAUACAAGUAACUGCCAAAAUAAAGGACACCCCAACAUCAAGUGUCUUAAAAGGGCAUUGGGCCACCACGAGCCAGAACAGCUUCAAUGCGCCUGCCGCCAUGGCAUAGAUUCUACAAGUGUCUG